AAACAGGAGAAAGCAAUGAAAUGUAUCGACGUAGUAUACAAGUCUACCUAAAAAAGGACUACACAGUGAGAGUCCAUUGUGACCUGUGUUUGCGGAUUCCCGAUUUUGAGUCUUUGCCUUAUUUUUCCGACUAACUCGGCAUUCUCCGACAUUCCUUAAACGUCUCAUCAGUACUGUACGCAUGCGCAUUGCCUUUCCGCUUGCCCUGUCUUGCUGUCCUCCUCUUCGACUCACUCCUCUUUGCCGCCGCCAUCCCGCAUCCGAGUGAGAUUAACCUGCACUUAAUCAUGAGCUUCACCGUGGAAGAGAGGGGCAUCCCCAACUCCCUGAGCUACCGCUUGUUCUUUAAGAAUUCCGAGGGGAAGUACAUCUCACCAUUCCAUGACAUACCAAUAUAUGCCAAUGAGGGACAGAAAAUCUUUCACAUGGUGGUGGAAGUACCGAGAUGGACAAAUGCAAAGAUGGAGAUCGCCACAAAGGACCUUCUGAACCCAAUAAAACAGGAUGUGAAGAAGGGCAAGCUGCGCUAUGUCGCUAAUGUUUUCCCACAUAAAGGCUACAUUUGGAACUAUGGAGCCAUUCCUCAGACGUGGGAAGACCCAAAGCACAAAGACAAAAACACCGGCUGCCACGGGGACAAUGACCCCAUUGACAUCUGUGAAAUCGGCUCCAAGGUGUGUUCCCGUGGUGAGGUGAUCAAAGUAAAGGUGCUCGGAGUCCUGGCUAUGAUCGACGAGGGUGAGACUGACUGGAAAGUGAUUGCAAUCAACGUCGAGGACCCUGAAGCCAAUGAACUCAACAACAUCAGUGAUGUUGACAGGUUGAAGCCCGGCUAUCUGAAGUCCACAGUUGACUGGUUCAAGAGGUACAAAGUCCCCGAUGGCAAGCCGGAGAAUAAAUUCGCUUUCAAUGAGGAAUUCAAGGACAAGGAUUUUGCCAUCGAAGUCAUCAAGAGCACACACAACUUCUGGAAAGCUCUGAUUUGCCAACAGACCGAUGGUGGUGAACUGAACUGCAAAAACACCUGCAUCUCAUCAGGUGACAGCCCUUUCUGCUGCUCCGUGAACGAGGCUCAAGCUGCUAUCGGGGACGCAUGCCCUUGUGAAAAGGAGGAGCCUAUCCCUUCAUCAGUCGAUAAAUGGUUUUACUACGACAAGGUGUAAUCUUCAGGCUGACCGCAUGGAAGAACAAAGCGAACAUUUCAUUUGUCAUAGGCUUAUUUGAUGACAGGAACCGUUGUAACAGUGGAAUGAGACAUUGCAGGUUUUGUAGGGUGUCUGUCUUCCUUAUAGAAAUGUGAGACACUGUCUAGAGGUUAUUGCAAUAAGGAAAAAAAUAGUACAUAUUAAUUAAUUAAUAAUUCUUCCCUUAUUUAUCAAAACUUUCUCUACACAUGAGGUGUAGGUUUGGAACUGACACAGGUACGACACUUAUUAAUGUGUGCCAUGUAAGAUACACUGAACUGCUUUAAUAAAGAUACCCCUAUGUAAAUUAUCAA